AUGACCGUGGCUUGCGCUUUCAUGGACUCGAGUUGGAGUGCGCGUCCGCUCGACCCCGGACCCGUCGGGGACAAAGAUUCCGUUGCGACCACUUCCGUUCCGCCUUCAACAGCCCUUUCAAACUCUGCAUCGCCCUUUUCAGCCAUGAACGAGCUCGCUGAACUUGCUGCCGCCUCGCGACGGGCUCUGUACGAAACGCGGCCCUCUGUCGCUGACGACGCGCCUGCCCCCCACACCAUGUCCCCUUCCCGUCAUAAUGCCGGCCACCAACAUGUCACCGGCUCCCGCACCCACGAUGCCCGACCCCAGCAUACCCCGAUUGAGGAUGGUUAUGCGCCACAGCCCUCGGCGCCCCGGCAUCAUACCUUGUCGCGCAGCAAUUCGCAGGGAACCAUCAGCUCAGCCGACAACGCUGACCUCGUGUUUACCCCGCCAACAUAUGGUGUGAGGUACAGCCCUAAUAGCGGGAGCGCUCACAGUUCGAAUCAAGAAAACCAGCUGCUACGAUUGUCUCAGAUUGCCGCUGCGCAGGAGCGGAUUCCAGAGGACAAGGUGGAUCGGGACAUUGGGAACGGGCUGCUGUCGAGGAAGAGAAUGGCAGACGGCAUGGCGAAGCAUACGCGCGAGCUGUCUAAUGCUUCGCCCAAGGAAAUACUCGGUCAUUCGAGAAACCCUAGUGCUGUCAGCGUGGCUUCGACUACAGGAAGUCGCAUCGGAGAGUUAUCUGCUGAAUUGAAAGCGCGACUCUCUUAUGCCAUGGUGAAGGUCAACCAUGGCUGGCAAUCUCACACGAUAGACCAAAUAGAAUCACUAACCUCACAGGCUACUUCUCCAUGCUCAACUGCAUCCACGAUCCAUUUGAGGAACGGUUCGUCUUCGAGCCCUCAGCUUUGCAAUGCUCUCUACCAGCACGGCAGCAACGCUACACCGGCUACAGGGCGUCAUCCGCUUCCAGAUCGUCCCAUUGACUCGCACUGGACGGAUUCCCCUCACUCGACAUCCAGGGGGAGCUCAGUAUCACCUAUCAAGAGCUCUCAGGGGCUCGCUCCUCCGGUCUCUAUCCAGCCUUCUCACUCCUUCAAUAACCCUCGCAGGACGUCCAAUUUGAGCCAACCUCCCUCAUUCCUUUCUAACUCACAUCAAUCAUCACCGUAUUCCGGGUCCAACCCAACGAACUCUUACCUCACAACCACACGCCAGAGGUCAGCUCUCUCUGAGGGCAUCCUCGUUUCUCCUCACACCAAUGUUCGUGAACAGGACGCGAUAGAAUCACUCCUCUUUAUGAGCAGCCCAGGAAACUCAGCCAACCUCAAGCACGCCUUUCCCCCAUCUUCUUCUCAGCCUCUUCCCUCUGGUCACGCCCCGCCACAGCGCACUGCUUUGCCCACAUCUCAGCCGCGCAAAAGUCUGCCAACAGGAAGACACACCCAGCAUUCCCGCACCCAGUCUCAGACGCAAAAGCGUGUUGGGUUCGAGAAGUCGCCCAGGGUGAUAGAUAACGACGAUGACUUUGGUUCGCCCAUGUCCGUGACGCGGAGUACUCCUCAGAGGAAACGCUUGAAUGGUGGUAGCCAUGGAGAGUCGCAAGCACAAACGACCCGUCUUAAGCAGAUGCCUGUUUCUCAGGGUCUGACUGUGUCUAAACCGCAUCCUGUCAUGGCAGAUGAAGACAUCGAUCGGAUGCUAGAUGAGAAGGUUGCGGCUGGGGAUGACUCAGACUCUGAUGCAGAGAUCCAGAUUCCCGUGUCACGGACGCAUCGAGAGGGUUCCGACUCGGUUGGGUCUUGA